AUGUCUCUUUGGAAUGGGAUAUACGCGCCUCUUGUCAUUUCAUUAUAUUCUUACUUCUAUGACGGGCAUGAGAAGUUGGUCGAUAUGACUCAGCUGAUCGUUGAUCUGGUCUUAUUGAUAUUGAUUUCAUCCGCUGCAAUCAACUGUGUUGGCGGUUCAUCCUACGACGUCACCUCCAUUGAUGGCUCAGACGACUAUGCGGCGACCAUGCGCCGCCUCACAGACAAUGCCGUCUCCAAAUCUCCUAUUUUAGAGUCCAAUGCUCGUUAUCUUCAAUCUUCGAAGUGGGCCGAUGACUACGACCCGAGCAAAAGCAAGAAGCACAACGACAUGAUAAAUCUAGGCGCCAUAUUUGGCGAACUACGCUCAGCAGUGGAAGCCCGCCUUACAGUCCCAAUAUCAAGUCUCGCCGUCUCUGUACCGGCUAUCACUUCUCUCAAUGCCUCUACAAUCAGCGCCGCUCUUGAGACCGUGGGCUUACAAGACCUCCAACUCAGGCAAGAGCGAAUUAAUGCCGCCUCUGCGGCCCUAGGAACAGCGGAGGCAAAAUUACAAGCGUCAGAUGCGCCAGAGGAUCCGAACGUGCUGGUGCUCGAAUACCACUCUUCUGCGCUCGUCAGCAGCUUCUUUCCCUCUUUCUCCUUUAGUUCAGGUUUCGGCACGCCGCAUGCGCGAACCGUCGACGAGACGGCCGGCGCCACCGCCUUCAAAGCGCAUAUUUUCAGCAAUGACGAGGCGUGCUCGAGAGCAUUGAGAUCCUCCGCUCUAGUCCUCCCAAGACGCCUCCGCAGGGCUUCCUUUGGAAAUCAGAUUGACGUCGUGAUGGUUGUGGGGCAGGAUCUUGUGGGUGGUGCAGUCAAAGAGAAGGUUGUGGAGGCAUUCGAGUGGUGGUCGAAGAGACGGGGAGGGUGGCCGAAGCCAAUAGUGUUUGAGGAGCAAGAAACGGGCUUUGCUGCUGCCAGGGGGCGGCGUUGA